CAUUUUUGAUGCUGGAUAGGGUAAGGCCCCCCUUUUUCAAAACACCAGAAUGGCAGCUACAUUGAUGUUGAGGUUCAUGCGGACUACAAGUACACACAGCUACCAGAAAAGCGUUUCUAACUAUUUGAGUAAAUCAACAAAGCUAAGGACACAAUGGCAGUCAUGUACAACUUCAUUCGCUUUGUGUUUCUCAAACAGCAGCUCUGUUUCUGGCAGGAAUAAUGAGUUGAGCUACUACCAUGCCGUUGGUAAAGAGCCACUUAUUGGGAAAACAAUGGGUCAAAUAAUGGAUGAAACAACAGAGAAGUAUCCAGAUAGAGAGUCACACGUCUUCUGUGCAGAUGGAAUCAGAAGGACAUUUGCACAAUUCAAACAAGAGACUGACAAAAUAGCACUUGGAUUUCUGGCUCUUGGCAUCAAGAAAGGAGACAGAGUUGGAAUGUGGGGAUCAUCCACAUUAGAAUGGGUUCUUACACAGUUUGCAUUGUCUCGUUUUGGAGCUAUUAUGGUCAACAUUAACCCAGUUGCAAGAACUCCAGAACUGGAAUACUAUCUACAAAAGUCUGGCUGCAAGGGAAUAGUCUGUGGUAAAAGUUUCCGAACAUUGGACUACUAUGCAAUGCUACAAGAGAUUUGCCCUGAGCUGGCAACCGAUAAAGCAGGUCAGCUUAAAAGUGCCAGACUCCCAGAUCUGAAGACAGUCAUCUUCAGAGGUGAAGACAGUCUUCCAGGAACUUACAACUUUCCUGAUCUCCUGAAUAUGGGUAGCAGCACUGAAGAGAAACGUCUGGAAGAAUAUAAACGUCUGACUCAGUUUGAUGAACCCAUCAAUAUACAGUUUACAUCUGGAACUACAGGCCUUUCUAAGGGUGCCACACUAACACAUCACAACAUAGUCAACAAUUCCAAUAUUGUUGGUUACAAUCUUGGCUAUCAUGAAAAGCAACACAUCGUCUGCCUUCCCGUACCACUGUAUCAUUGUUCUGGUUCAGUACUUGGUACGUUAUGUGGAAUGGUUCAUGGUGCAACCUGUGUCUUCCCAGCCACUGGGUAUGAUGUUGAAGCCACUCUUAGAGCAGUGUCAACAGAAAAAUGUACAGCUUUUAUUGGUACACCCACCAUGUACAUUGACCUGUUGAAUCAUCCUAAAUUAAAAGACUGUGAUUGUUCUAGUCUAUCUACUGCACUGAUGGGUGGUUCCAGUUGUCCUUCUGAGAUUGUACAUCAAUGCACAGACAAGCUCAACAUCACUUUUAUUACUGUUUCUUAUGGUCUGACUGAGGUUUCUCCUUUGAUCUCUCAAACAACUAAAGAUGAUCCAUUUGAAAAGAAGUUCUCCACAGUUGGAAAAGCAAAUGACCACAAUGAGCUCAAGAUCAUUGAUGAAGCUGGCAAUAUUGUACCUCGUAAUACUGCUGGAGAGUUAUGCAGUCGAGGAUAUACCACAAUGAUUGGUUAUUGGCAAGAUGAGAAGAAGACAAAAGAGGCUAUUGAUGAAAGUAGAUGGUUCCAUUCGGGUGAUCUGGCUGUAAUGGAUGAUGAAGGUUACGUCUCCAUCGUUGGACGGAAGAAAGAUAUGAUCAUCCGAGGAGGAGAAAAUAUCUAUUCUGUGGAGCUGGAGGACUUCUUGUAUAAACAUCCAAAGAUUGAAGACGUUCAGGUAAUCGGAGUUCCAGAUGAGCGUCUUGGUGAGAUUGUUUGCGCUUGGAUCAAAUUAAAGGAAGGACAAACUGCAACUGAAGUAGAGAUCAAGGAAUUCUGUAAAGGAGAGAUGGCUUAUUUUAAAGUUCCAAAGAUAGUUCAUUUCGUGAAGACAUUCCCAAUGACUGUGAAUGGAAAGGUACAGAAGUUUCAGAUGCGACAGGAGAUGCAAAAAAUGUUGAAAGUCAACAAGUAACAACAAUGUUAAUUUGUGAAACCAGUUCUGAAAAUAAAAGAAAUUAAAAUGUAUUUUUGAUAUUUUUGAUAUUUGCAGAUGCAAGUUUUUCAUUUUUACUUCAUACCUCAUACAUACUUAUGUCCAAGAGUAGAGUUGUCACUGGUCCAUUCACAUGGUAGAUGCGCAUGACAAGUACACUAGCGCCCGGGCAGCCGCGCACUAGUCUUAUUGUUCUUCGCACUUCAAUGUUUGUGAAUGGGUAGCCCGGGCAAUAGUCUACUUGUCAUGCGCUUUUCGAUCAUGGUACUUUUGUACACUCACAGGAACAUCGCUCUAGCGACAUCCAACACAUGAACAAAUUUAUCAUGGUGCAUUUUAUUUCACAGUCGCCAAUUCCCCUUGCUCCAAAUGAUAUUAUAAUACCUGGUUCUGCUGGUUGGGAAAUAGUUCGCUCUUCUGGUCACUCAAAGUCCCUCGGGGGAAUAGACAUACCACUAGUUAUAUCAU